AGUUGGCACUUGUACGGUCUAUCAAGCAGCUGUUUAUUUUUACUUUUUAAUUACUUUUUUAUUGGUGAUAUCGAAGGAGAUUGUAACUGUGGAAUGUAUUUUUAUUGAUGGCCAGUAUCUGUUCUUUACAUUCACUGGAAGAGUAUCAUCAAUCUGGUCCAGACAACGUUAGCAAAUCCGAGGUAUUUACUUGAUUGUGGCGAAAGUGCUCAAAAUUACAGGUUUUCUGCGGUAAAUCCUUAAGAUAUAGAAAUGAAAAGUAAAAAAAAUGUGAAGAAAUAUAUUGUGAACCAGAUCAUACAAGACAAACAAUGUGAAGAUGACUAUGUUACCAAAUGCAUGGGAGCAUUUGGUAUUUGGCAAGCUUUAGUAUGUUUGUUGGUAUCUAUAACUAGGGUUAUAGCAGGAUGGCAUAUUAUAACUAUAGUUUACCUUACACCUAAUACAGAUUUUGUCUGCGUAGAAUUUGACAAUGACAAAACAGAUCUAGAUGAAGUGAAAAAUAACACAUGCUACGAUGAUUGUGUUAAAUAUGCUUAUAAUAAUACAAUUUUUGAAACGACGUUAACAUCUGAAUUUGAAUUGAUCUGUGGUAGAUCAUGGAUGGCAAGUUUUACGCAAACCAUCUUGAUGUUGGGGUUGUUUAUGGGAGUUAAUUUAUUUGGAUGGAUUUCAGACAGAUAUGGACGACGCAUUAGUCUUACAGUGAGUGUGGCCGUUCCAGUAAUAUUUUCAAUUGCUUCACCAUUUGCCACUAACUAUUGGACGUUCAAUUUUCUAAGAUUCUUCAUUGGAUUGGGUUGUGGUGGUAUUUUCGCCGUAUCCAUAGUAUUAAUAGUGGAAAUCACAGGAUCACAAUAUAGAGAAUUAGGUGGAGGACUGGGUAUUAUCGUUGAUGGCAUUGGUCAAGCUACAUUAGUGAUAUUCGCAUAUUAUUCUACCACAUGGAGGAUAUUCAUACUAUCUUUAGGACUGGUAUCAACAUUGAUAUUAUCAUCUUUGAUAUUUUUGCCUGAAACGCCAAGAUGGUUGAUGGCAAAUAAACAGAAUAAAAAGGCACUCGAGUUGAUGACACGAGUUGCCAAAUUCAAUAACCUGAGCACUGAUAACAUCAAAGAAAAUAUUGAUAAAGCCAUUAAAGAAAUUGAAGAGAAACAAAAAAAUAAAACAACGACGCCAGGGUUUACGGACUUAUUUAAAACUAAAGAAAUGUCUUUGAUUACAAUUUUUUCAACUAUAGUCUGGUGUGUGGCUGGAGUGUGCUUUUUUGGUAUCAAUCAGUAUGUGACAUUGCUUGGCAGUAAUGUCCACAUCAUUGUGUUGGCUUCGGGGCUCGUUCAAAUUCCAGCAAAUGUGUCAGCCACGGUGUUAAAUAUAUAUUGCGGAAGGAAAACGUCGUCGUUUUCUUUUGCUAUCAUAACUGGUAUAGUUAUGGGUAUUCUUAGUUUCAUACCAGACGGAGAUUGGGCAGCAACCUUCGCUGUAGCAGGAUUAUAUUCCGCAUCAGCUUUAUUCACAGUCCUAAUAGUCCAAGUAACUGAAUUAUUCCCAACUGUACUAAGAAGCAAAGCUUAUGGCGUGAAUUCUGGUGGAUCUAAAUUGGCUUCAAUGAUUGCUCCAUUCGUCGUCAAUAUCAAACCACAUUGGAUAUCCUCAAUCAUUUUUUCAAUCACUGCAUUGAUUGGCGCUGGAUUUUCUCUGCUUUUGCCUGAGACCAAAGGGAUAACUUUAAAAGAUACUAGUACUUCGAAGGAGGCUGUCGCUUAAUCAGUUUGCUAAUCAGUUUUUCAUACAAAUUUAUUUAUAAUAGUUAAGAUUUGUUUAAUAGAAGAAUCUCUGUUGUAAAUAAAAUCAUUAUGACGUGUGUUAA